CUUCGAACUAUCGACCAUUAUUUUAUUCAACGCCUCUCCGACAUUGCCACGUACACUAACUACAAUUACACUCUUAGAUCCUAUUUUGCUGUGUGCAACUCUUCUACGGAAUCUCUCAAGUUUGAAAGCCACUGUAUCCCUGUCCUCAGGGAUCAGGACGCCCCCGACUAAUCGCCCACGCCAUCACCUCGAAUCUCCUCCUCACCUACCUACCUACACAAUGGACGUCGUUCCCUCCACAUCGCCCGACGAGGCCGUGCGCUUAUCGGCAAAGCGUACCGCUGAACUCUUUGGCCCCGACUACCUGAUGGUCACCCCCUCGGUCGCAAGCGGCUCCAUUGGACUUUCCUACCGACGCAAAGCAGAAUACGACGAUGUCAGAGAAUUGCCCCCCGCCCUCGCCGCGAAGCAAGCCGCUGCAGCGGCGGCGGCCGCCAGUGGACGCGCCAAACGACCCAAGAUCCAAUCUCAGACCAAGGCCUCGGCCGCAGACGGCAGCGGCGCGUCGAUGGCGCUGGUCAAGAAGGCCCCCGGGCCGGCGGCGGGCGGCGUCGGCGGUGAGAACGAACCCAAGAGCCUGAUCCAGCGACCCUCGGCGACGCGACAACAGAGGCCCGACUGGCAUGCGCCGUGGAAGCUCAUGCGGGUGAUAUCCGGCCACCUGGGCUGGGUGCGCAGCUUGGCGGUCGAGCCCAACAACGAAUGGUUCGCCAGUGGUGCGGGUGACCGGACGAUCAAGAUCUGGAAUCUGGCCACCGGCGCGCUGCGGCUCACCCUCACCGGCCACAUCUCGACCGUGCGCGGCCUGGCCGUCUCCCCGCGGCACCCGUACCUCUUCUCCUGCGGCGAGGACAAGAUGGUGAAGUGCUGGGACCUCGAGACCAACAAGGUCAUCCGCCACUACCACGGCCACCUGAGCGGCGUGUACACGCUGGACCUGCACCCGCGCCUGGACCUCCUCGUCACCGGCGGUCGCGACGGCGUGGCCCGCGUCUGGGACAUGCGCACGCGCAGCAACGUCCACGUCCUGUCCGGCCACCGCGGCACCGUCGCCGACGUGAAGUGCCAGGAAGCCGACCCGCAGAUCAUCACGGGCUCCCUCGACUCGACCGUGCGGCUCUGGGACCUGGCGGCCGGCAAGUCGAUGGGCGUGCUGACGCACCACAAGAAGGGCGUCCGCAACAUCGUCACCCACCCGCGCGAGUUCACCUUCGCCAGCGCCAGCACCGGCUCCAUCAAGCAGUGGAAGUGCCCCGAGGGCGAGUUCAUGCAGAACUUCGAGGGCCACAACGCCAUCAUCAACACCCUCGCCGCCAACGAGGACAACGUCCUCUUCUCCGGCGGCGACAACGGCUCCAUGUGCUUCUGGGACUGGAAGACCGGCUACCAGUACCAGACCAUCGAGUCCACCGCCCAGCCCGGCUCCCUCGAGGCCGAGGCCGGCAUCAUGUCCUCCACCUUCGACCGCACGGGUCUGCGCCUCAUCACCGGUGAAGCCGACAAGACCAUCAAGAUCUGGAAGCAGGACGACGAGGCCACCCCCGACUCGCAUCCGGUCACCUGGGCUCCCACUCUUGGGCGGCAGAGGUAUUAGUCCCAUUUUAGGAACUAUGCAUCCCCUUCUCUCGCACGAUCAAUUCCCCUUCCUUCCUUUUUCCAUCUACCUCUUUACAAACCGCAUAUCCUCCUUUGGAAAAUACCCCCUUUCCGUGGACAUUCAAACCUGUUCACGGUACUCGAAUAUGACAAAAUUUCUCAUGCUUUUCUGCUUCUGCUCCGGAGGUGGUUCCGGAUGUUAUCCUUCGUGUUUUGUUGUUGUAUGCACUAUGGCGUCCAGCGUUUGUGGUUUGGAUUUCUCUUUCUUGCUGGUAUACUAUGGACUAUCUAGAUGUAUCAUAGAAUGAUAGGCUGAGCACCGAUCUCGAGCUCUC